AUUUCUUUAAGCUAUGCCUAUUAAUACUAAGGGGAAGAAUUUCUAAAAAGCUUGGAGUGAUCCGUUAAACUUAUCAUGAUAUUAAGAAAACUAGCUAGAUGGUUCUCAACUUUAAAAAAUAGAUCUGGCAACACGCCUCUUGUUGUGAUAAAAGGAAAACUGCAAAAGAAAGGGAGCACUAGUUCUUGGCUCCAAAAUCAUUCUCGUGAUAUAUUUGUGCGUAUGGCUGCCCAGGACCACUAUCCUUGUCGUAGUGCAUAUAAACUAAUUCAUAUUGACGAGAAAUUUAAAUUACUUAAACAGGGCAUAACAGUUGUUGACUUGGGUGCAUUUCCAGGCGGCUGGACUAAAGUAGCUAUCGAGAGAGUAAAUUCUAAAAUUCAAGGACUCUCUAGCAAUAGCUCACAUAAGGGAAAAAUUGGGAAAGUUAUCAGUGUAGACAAAGCUUCCAUGAAUCCUGUGCUUGGAGCGACAGUGUUUGGUAAUUGCGAUAUAAAUGAUUUUUUGACUCUUGAAAAAAUCAAAGGGGAGUUACAAGGCAAGGCAGAUGUUGUCUUGAGCGAUAUGGCUGUUAAUGCCUGUGGGAUCCCUGAAGCUGAUUUUGAUAAAAACUUGGAACUGUGCAGAACAGUAUUAAAACUAAUCCCCGAAAUUUUAAAAAAAAAAGGAAAAACAGUUUUAAAACUGACUGGAAACGGUUCGCCGAACGAUUUUAUCAAGUCUUUAAAGGAAAACUUUAGUAAAGUCAAGUUUUUUCGACCGGAAUCCACCCGAAAAUCAUCCAGUGAAGUAUUUAUAGUUUGUCUGGGGUAUGGUGAGAAAAAUUCUACAUAA